AUGGGGCAAAAAAACGCAAAAACAAACAACGAAGGUAUCUUUCAAAUGAGUAACGAUGCAUAUAAUAGCCGGUACAGCAACCUCACCUACAACCAUGCAGGGGAAAUGAACCCCAGGAAUUAUAACUUUAAUAAUAUUAAAAUUGCGGAGGAUGAAGAAAACCACAGCUGCAGUAUGAACCCUGCGAGCAAUGCAGGUGGGGGGCACAUGGGAAGCCAUCCUAACGGUAGCGUGCUAGACCAUCGGAAGUUUCCACUCAAAGGUGACGACAUGAAUCAAGACCACCUAAGGCCCCAACACGACUACGCGCGAGUGAACCGGGAAAACUGGGGACUCGGGGGGGACCACCAUAAAGGGAACGGUGCCGCCCCCUACCACCAGAUGUUCAACAACGACAUGGGCCUGCUGACCCAAAAUAGGGUUGGCAACCCGGAGGGGCACCGCUCAAAUGAGCACCACUCAAAUGAGCACCGCCCAAAUGAGCACAAUUCAAAUAGCAACCUGGGGGGCCUGCACCCACAGCAGUACAAGCAUAACAACAGAAUGUUUGAUGAUAAGUAUGAGCAGCUGAAGAACAAAUGGGACCCCCCCCCUAGUUACCUUUACGGCAACGCGGCUGCUCCCACCGCUCCACCCACCGCUCCACCCACCGCGCCACCCAUCGCUCCACCAGUAGGCACCACUCAGAAGAGCAACGCCGACCUGUAUGACACCGCAGGGAAGGCAAACUCCCCCCCUUAUAGGACCCACUUUAACAUGAACGCGCUUUACAACCACUUUAACAAUGCGGGUCAGUGGAAAGACAUGCCCGUGCGUCCCUUCGCAAACAGGGACAACAUGAGCUACGACCAGUAUGAAGGGGGGGGUAACUUCCACGAGAAUCUCCCCGGCAACCAGCCCAACGCGUCUAUCUUUGGGAAGAACAAACCACCAGAUAUCGAUGAUAUUAUUAAAAAGUACACAGCGAAGGAGAAUCAGGAAGAUCACUUCAAAUUCAAUUGGGGCCAUGCAAAAAACGAAGUGACCGGGGGGGGAGUCUUCAAAGGCAGCAGCAGGUAUAUGAAUGAUGGCGAUGUGAGGAACUACCUCCCUAGUGAGGAAAGAACUGGCAACCACGCGAAUGCCAGUCCUAAUUACACUCCCCAGCAUAAUGGGGCGUACGGCUUCAACCAGAACGGGGGCUACCCCGCCAACCCGUCCAACGCCGCUAACCCGGUCAACCCAGUCAACGCCGCUAACCCCGCUAACCCUGCUAACCCUGCCAACGCCGCUAACUCGGGGAGCGCCCCCCUGCUGUACCCCAACUUCUCCUCCCUGCGGAACAAGGAAAAGGACGAGGAGGAAAAAAAAAGAGAAAAAAAAAUCAACCUGUUGAAAAACAUAAUCGUAACGAACCCUAACCCUAAAUACAAUUUCAGUUUCGAUGACGACCUAUACGAAAGUCUCCCCGCACAUGAAAAUUUUUACCUGAACACGAGUUCCCUUGCCGACUUUAACCACAUGGCAAAUGGGAACCACCCUCCCCAGGGGCAGAACGAUCUACUCGGGGAAGGGCUGCAAAAUAGGGUCAGCGCGUACAACAAUGUGUGCGAAGAUUUUAACGCCCUGGAGAAGCUGAAUGAGACGCCCGGCGUGACGAACAGGCACCACUUCAAGAGCGAGGUGCUUCCCCUUGACGAAGAUUGUUAUGGGGAGCGGUUCGGGGGAGAGCGGCUCGGGGGGGAUCGCUUUGGAGGAGACCGCUUUGGAGGAGACCGCUUCGGGGGAGACCGCUUCGGGGGAGACCGCUUCGGAAUGAACCGCCUCGGAGCGGAUAACCUCCCACGGGACCAUGCGCAAACCACACAACGCAACGACGAGAACUGCCGCUACGAAAAGCACAGCGCGGAUCGCGAGUUCGGCCAGAACCCCUUCCCGAGGGGGGAGCCAGGCAGAGACUCCAACCACCCAUUAGGAGAUAGAGAUAAGCACAGUACAAAGCUGUAUGACGAGAGCUCCAGGCAGAGGGCAGCCACCCCCCUGGGAGUUUUUACAAACAACACGAGGCUUCACAGCAUGAUGGACGUCCACCCCAACCAGGAGAAUAACCCCCCCCCGUUGAUAGACCUGCUGGAAAACAGGGCCUCCAAUCACUCGGGGGAGAAAACGUUUGGCAGACCAGUCGACCUGUUUGGGAAAAUGGGUCAGAUGGACUACCUCAAGAGGUUCGAAAAUAGCACGCAACAAGCGCGUGAGGAUGUGUUUAGAACGUCCGAGUCGGCUAGACACCACGGUGGGGGGACCCAUUACGGAGGGGCUACUCACUACGGAGGCGCUGCUCAUCACGGAGGCGCUGCUCCACAUGGCGGGUCGUCCCCCCUCAGAGGAGACCCCUUCUCAAACAUUAACCACGUGAACAUCUUCAAAACGCACGCGAAGAGUGGCGACCACUACGAGGAGGGGUCCCUGCUCAGCAAGAACCAGAUGAACGAGCCGCCCAAGCAAACGAACAGGUACCUCCAGGAAGACCCUACCAAACCGAGCAACGGUCUAUUUAAUAUAGAAAAUAUUUUCCAAGGGGACAAGAGAAAUGGCCUCCUUAACGAAGGAGAUAAGUCCCCCCUUGGGAAGAAUGAGGGUCCUUCCCACAUGUACAUGUUUGAGAGAGAGAGGAACCCCCACCUCGACCUCUCCAUUCGUGAAAAGAAAAACCUCACCUAUAGGGAUGAUAAGGACAUCAUUCGGCGCCCCUGCUUUGACCGAGCUGGGAGGACUCUGUUUGAGCCCUACGAUGGUUCGGCGUUGAGGACGCGGCAGGGUGGUCACUUUAAUGGGCAGUUUAGUGGCCACUUUAAUGGUCACUUUAAUGAUCAAUUGAAUGGCCGCUUUAAUGAUCAAUUGAAUGACCGCUUUAAUGCCUGCUUUAAUGCCCACUUGGGGAGCGAUAGAGACGCCCUGAGAGAGGGAGACCACUUCGGGAACCCCAUCGUACACCGUCGAGAAGACGAACAUAUGGGAACCAUCUGCACGAACAGAAACGAUGAUGGCGGUUUAUUUCCCAAGGCGAGCUUCCACUUCUUGGGUGAAAAGAAAAACUCCACGAAUUUUGGUGAAGCCACCACUCCAACGGGGAAAGUACCUACCCGCGAUGAACCCACGAAGGAACAGUUAAAUAAUAAUUCCUAUUACAACUCACAAAGGAGAGCAAGCAAGACGCCAAACUCCUUAUUUAGCAAUUACCACUCGGGUGUAAAGACGAACCAGAUGCAUGACCAUCCCACGGGUGUUCCCCCAAACCAGCAUUGGGCAGGAGGAGCAUUUCACAAUGAGCAGGAAGAAAACAAAACGAAUGCGAAUAUGCUCAAGACGAUUAACCCCCCCGCAUGGAAGUAUGAAGCUAGCCAAAAUGUAAUCGGGCCAACCUCGAAUGUGAGUUUUCAAUCAAAUUUCAACCAGACGGACAACGAAACGCAGGGAGGCAACUUAUUAACACUCUUUAAUAACGAUUUGAAGAAGAACGUGCUCGGUGGGAAUAGAGAUGGUGAGAGUGGCCUUCUUAAUGGAGGUCCCAACUGGGGGGGGAACCACCAUAACCUCGGAACCACCGGCGCCAAGGCCUUUCUGGGAAUCCUCAGCGAGGAGCAGAACAGGUACACCAGUUUGCUGAACACCGUGGGGAGGUACGCCCCGAGGGAUGGCCUGACCCGAGAUGGCGCGACCCGCGAUGGCACAACCCGUGAUGGCAUGGUGAAAGAUGGCCUGACACGAGAUGGCCUGCCCCGCGAUGGGCACAACCCCCUGUCCAGCUACACAAACAAGAAGCCCUUCAACCCAAGCGGCGCGCACAACUUUAGCUUCGUCAAGCAGCCCCUGCACAAGCAACUGCCCCCGCUGCCGUUUAAGCACUUGGGGAAGCAGGCCAACGCGGAGGGGGCGGGCCAGACAAAGUUGAAGGCGCUUGAAGCAGCGGGCAGGCCGAAGCCGGGCGAGGGCAACCACUUUGUAAGUAACCACAUUGGAGGCAACCCCUUAGGAGGCAACCCCUUAGGAGGCAACCACUUGGGGGGCAACCCCUUGGGAGGCAACCCGCCCACGUGCAGGGAGAAGAGCGCGCAUCUGGGCGCCCUGGCCGAACUCACCCCCUUCGACAGGUACGGCGACGGCAAGGAUGCGCUUCACAGGAGGGGUGAGCUCUUCCUCCACAAGAACGAGCCGAAGGAGUGCACGCUGAGGAGUGGGGACGCCAAGGUUGGUAGCUACCACGGUAACAGCCAUGGUAACAGCCACGGUAACUACCACGGUAACAGCCAUAGUAACAACCCUAGUAACUACCCUAGUAACUACCAUAGCAACUACCUCAGUAGCUACCUGGGUAGCCACCCCGAUCAGCCCUGCUUCCCGAACGAGAAGAACGCCCCGGGGAGCCUGGCCCAGAGGAAUGGAAGGAGCAAGUAUAGCCUCGGGGAAGCGGCGGACGGUUAUUUGGGUGGCGACUCCGCUGGUAAGCACCUGUGGGGAGAACCGCUCAGUGGAAAGCACCUGUGGGGAGAACCGCUCAGUGGGAAGCAGCCGUGGGGAGAACCGCUCAGUGGGAAGCAGCCGUGGGGAGAACCGCUCAGUGGAAAACUGCUCGGUGGGAACCCAUUCCUGAACAAGGAGAAGGAAGAACCCCCGAAGGAUAAGCGGCCGAGCCGGGAAAAUCUCAACCUGAGUCUGCUGCCAGCCGAGGGCGAGAGGGGGAUGAGGAACUUCGGGCACGACAGGGAAAGGCGCAUAUCUCUGAGCAACAACAUUUCGAUGCUCCUGGAGAGGAUAAGCGACAACUCGGAUCGGAAGGCUGGCGGGAAUGACUUCGCGGCGAAGCACCGGAGCAGCGAGGGCUCCCACGCGGGCAGCGCAGUCAACGCGGGAAGCGCAAUCAACAGGGGAAACGCACUCAACAGGGGAAACGCACUCAACGCGGGAAGCGCAAUCAACAGGGGAAACGCACUCAACAGGGGAAACGCACUCAACGCGGGAAACGCACUCAACAGGGGAAACACACUCAACAGGGGAAACACACUCAACGUGGGCAGCGCAGUCAACACCGUCAACACCGUCAACACCGUCAACACGGUCAACUACAAUGACAACCUAAACGUCGACACCCAGCAGUUUGUAAUUUCAGACCAGCACGUCUGCAACUUCGGCUUGUGGUCCCUGUACCGAUGCAAGUUGAGGCACGAUAAGGUCUCCUUCCUAGUGAGCAUCGUAGACUCUUUUUACCUCAACAGGGGGGAUAGCAACGACACAGUCGCCAACAAUAUUUUAUUUCACAAAAGGCUCAGGCACAUGAACAUAUUAUCUUAUGAAGGGAAGACAGCUGAUAGGAGCAAACUGUACCUUCUGUUUGAGCACGUCCAUGGGAAUGUGUUAAAGGCGCAGAGCGCUCCCCUCGAGGAGAGCAUCAUCGCGUCGUACGCCUAUCAGAUUGUGGACCUCCUGGAGUACAUGCACGCCAACUUUAUCUUCUUCCACGGCCUCCUGUCGAACAUCAUCAUCCUGCAGAAGAACACCCGGGAGGAGCUGCUGCAAAUCCUGCGCGCGCGGAACAAAAACGUCCACAAGUACUUCGACGUCUACAAGCACGGCAUCGUCAAGGUCUUCAACUUUGACUUCGCCAACAUGGACGCGACCGAGAAGGACUACCAGUUUGACUUCCUCUGCCUGGCGGUGCUCAUAUACGAGAUGUGCACCAAAUACAACACCUACUACUCGAGCAAAUUUGAAGACAUAACCGAACGGAUUUACAACACCAACUUCUUCUUCCCGCACUUUGUCUCCUUCGAGUUGAAGAACUUUUCUGUGCUCGAAAAGAAGACAGUGCUUCAGUGA